CACUCACUUUCUUUCUUCCUCCUACUCUACCGCAAUUCAUCUCAAGUACUACUGAGACAUGGCAUGUACUACCAUAACACUUAGAAACUUCCGAAAAACAAUCAAACUUAAUGACUCGACAUUUAACCCAUAAUAAUCAUGACAUCUGCUUCUUCGCAACGACCAGCAUUUGGCCUAAGCAAUCUUCGCAAAACUGUAACCUGGCUAUUCAUCACACUGUUAAUCAUCUAUCUUCUUUACUCUUUUAAUCUGAUUCUCAAUAAAGAUUCCCCUGAGUGUACCAAUUCUUUGCCUUCCUCAUCAGAAUUAUCCACAAAGGAAUCAUUUUCCACAAAAUUCCCUCAAACUCCACCAUCUGAUAAUUCCAAAAAUUCAACUUCUAUUUCUCUUCAAGAAAAUACAGGGGAGCCUGAAACAGGGCUCAAACACAUUGUAUUUGGGAUCGCCGCGUCUAGCAACUUGUGGGAUAAAAGAAAAGAGUAUAUAAAAUUAUGGUGGAGACCAGGGGAAAUGAGAGGUGUUGUUUGGUUAGAUAAAAAUGUUACAAUAAAGAAAGAUGAAGAGUUGCCUGAAAUUCGAAUAUCGGAGAACACGACUAAGUUUUUGUACACGAAUAGACAGGGGAACAGAUCGGCUCUGAGGAUUUCCAGGGUUGUUUCGGAGACAAUAAGGUUGGAUCCUAAAAAUGUGAGAUGGUUCUUAAUGGGAGAUGAUGAUACAGUGUUUAAUGUGGACAAUGUUGUUAGAGUUCUUUCUAAAUAUGAUCAUAAUCAGUAUUAUUACAUUGGGAGUUCUUCAGAAAGUCAUAUUCAGAACAUUUUUUUCUCAUAUGCAAUGGCAUAUGGUGGAGGUGGAUUUGCUAUAAGUUAUCCAUUGGCAAAAGAAUUAGAGAAGAUUCAAGAUCGAUGCCUUCAACGAUAUCCUGGAUUGUACGGUAGUGAUGACAGAAUUCAAGCUUGCAUGGCUGAGCUCGGGGUCCCCCUUACGCGAGAACCUGGAUUUCAUCAGUAUGAUGUGUAUGGGAACUUGCUAGGCCUAUUGGGAGCACAUCCUGUAACACCUCUAGUAUCAAUUCACCAUCUUGAUGUAGUGGAUCCUAUAAUCCCAAGGAUGAGCAGAGUUGAUGGACUCCGACGCCUUUUUGAAUCAAUGAAAUAUGACACUUCAAGCAUAAUGCAGCAGUCAAUCUGCUACGACAAGCAGAAAUACUGGUCUAUUUCAGUGUCGUGGGGCUACGUGGUUCAGAUCACGAGGGGUAAUAUCUCUCCAAGAGAAUUAGAAAUGCCCACAAGAACAUUUCUCAACUGGUACAAAAGAGCUGAUUACACAGCCUAUGCAUUCAACACUAGGCCUGUGACAAAGCACCCGUGCCAGAAGCCUUUCGUGUACUACAUAGGUGCAGCCAAAUAUGACCGAAGCAAGAAUCAGAUCGUUGGGAUUUAUCAUCGUCAUAGAGAGUCGUACCCUUAUUGCAGAUGGAAAAUUGAGUCACCUGAGAGUAUCAAUGCAAUUGUUGUGCUGAAAAGGCCAGAUAAUAACCGUUGGCAGACGGCAGCAAGAAGGGAUUGCUGUAAAGUUCUACCAUCAAACAACUCCUAUUUGUACAUUUGGGUAGGCAGUUGCAGAGCAGGCGAAACGAGUGAAAUGUAGCUGUUGGAAGAAGGGAGGCUAUAGUUUUUUCACUUCUGUUUUUGUAUCAAUAGAUGUUGAUUAGGAUAGGAAGAAUCUCUAUUCAAAAGUUGAGAAACAGAAGAUUCCUAGUAAUUUUGCAGAAAUGGUACUAUUACUAGAGAGCCCAUAUAAGCCCACACUGGAGUCUAGACUGAUAGUGGCUAGUAUUUGCAAUACAAAUUUAACCAACAUAUAUAGAUGUUCUUUCUUUUCACUGCAAAAGGCUGUAAACCGCAUGAAAAG